AAUGUUUAACUCUAGGGGAGCUGGAAAAUGAGCAUAUUAUCAAAAAAAGUGGAAUGUCCCUUUAAGCACUUGAAUUUUUAAUGUUUUUUAUUUGCAUUAUAUUACUGCAUUUGGCAGAUAUAUUUAUCCAAAGCAAUUUAAAGUGCCUUUAAAACAUAUAUAUUAUCAGUAUGUGUGUUCUCUUUUUUAAUUUUGAAAGUAACUUUGUGUAGUACUUUUUUUAUCGUACACCCUUAAAAAUAAAGGUGCAUUCACGAUGCCAUAUAUGAACCAUUUUUGGCUGAAUGGUUCCAUAAAGAACCUUUAACAUCUGAAGAACCUUUCUGUUUCACAAAAGGACCUUUAUAGUCAAAAAGGUUCUUUAGGUUAUAAAAAGGUCAGAAAGUGGCAUGGCUGUUUUAAAGCCCUUUUUUAGUAAUGAAAAUAAGUGAAGAUAAAUUGCUGUCAAUUUGCUCACUUUUCUAAGUUGGCUUUGAAUAAAAUACACUGUCAAAAAGUUUGUCCACAAGUUGUCACUGUGGCUUUACCUUUUCAAAAAGUGCUUGCUACUAACACUAAUGCUGCUGCAACUGCAUUUAAAGGAAAAUGUAAUAUUACUUAAUAUUGUAAAUACUUAAUAUUGUAAUAAAAACUGAAUUUUACAAUUUUUGAAUCUAAAAAAAUUAUAAUGCAAGUGUCAUUGCUCUUUUUAAAAAAAGAUAUCACAUAAUCUGAGACAAACUGAGUGAAAAAUUUUCAUGGUUAAUGUGAUACUGGCAUUUUCAGUCACUCUGUAAUGACAUAUUUGGGAACUUGAGGGCAGCUGGUUAAAUUAGUAUGAUCCACUGACAGAUGCCAUUUAGUUUCAUUAUAAAUACUUUAUAAUAAUUAUAAACACAAUAAAAUGACAUGAAAGAAAAUGAAAGCUUGAUGAUUUUAUACCAUUUGUAAAAAUGGUCAAAGGUUGAUUCUCUUAUCAUUUGGUCAAAGUUCUUCAUUAGACAGUGUUUGUGUUCGAGACGUCUGAAAUGUACUGUAUUGCAAAUGUGUACGCUGCUUUAUUGUCUAUCAGAGCAACAUUUUAAUUUUGAAUGGAGUAAUUCGUUAUUAAAAAUUGUGAAGAUGAUGGCAGAAUUCACACAGCCACCAAGAAAAGUUGUCAAAAUGGGCAGCAUGACAGAACCUGUUGAGUUCUCCACAGAUCUUAAGAAGAUACAGUCAUAUGCAGUGGACGUGACGCUGGAUCCUGAUACAGCUCAUGCAUGUCUCGUGCUAUCUGAAGAUAGGAAAGAAGUGAGAAUGCAAGUCAGUGAAAAUAUUAGGCAUGACCUUCCAAACAACCCAGAAAGGUUUGACUUAUGCCCCAGUGUUUUAGGAAAAGAGGGAUUCAGCUCAGGAAGGAUUUACUUUGAGGUUCAGGUAACCGGUAAAACAGACUGGGAUUUAGGAGUAGCCACAGAAUCUAUUAACAGGAAAGGAAACAUUAUUCUGAGUCCUAAGAAUGGAUACUGGACUAUAGGUCUGUGGAGAGGCAAUGAUUAUCAGGCAAGUGCAUGUCCCUCUGUCCCUCUCUCUCCCAGAAUAAAACCGCAGACGGUGGGUGUGUUUGUGGAUUAUGAGGAGGGUCUGGUCUCAUUUUAUGAUGUAGAGUCCUGGUCUCAAAUAUAUUCUUAUACUGGUCAGUGUUUUGCGGAGAAACUCUAUCCAUAUUUCUAUCCUGGUAAAAACAAAGAAGAUAAAAUGCCAUUAAUAAUAUCAACUGUCAGUCAAAGUGAAUAAAGGCAUAACAUGUUAACUAGAAUAUAUUAGUUUUUCCUGUACAGAUUACAUAGGAAAUAAACAAUGAUAGUUGUCUAUGUUAAAGUUAAUGUUAAAUUUUUGUCAUUUACAGUUUCAUGUUGUUACAAACCUGUUUAAAUUUCUUUGUUCUGAUAUACACAAAAGAAAAAAAUAGAUAAAUGAUGGUAAGCACACAGUUGAUGGUACCCAUUGACUUCCAUAGUAAAAACAAAUACUAUCAACUGUGUGUGCUUACCAUCAUUUAUCAAAAUACCUUUGUUUGUGUUCAACAGAUUUAAAAUCAUACAUAAAAAUGAAAGAUUUUGGGCUAGCUAUUUCUUUUAAUCUGGUGUCUGCACUGUGUUUAUGUUUUUAAGUCUGAUUAGGCAUAGACAUGUAUGAAGUUUUGUUCUUGAAAUUCAAGUUAAAUCGUGAUUUACAAGGCCAACUUUAAAGUUGGUAGGGUUGUUUGGAAAUGUAUUUUCUGUUUAUUUUUUGUUAACUAAAAAUAUUUUAAUUAUUUACUAAUAAAUUACACAAAAUGUGUUAACAAUUCAACGUGUACAAAACACUUACACUAUAACAUCAAAAUUCAACAAUACUUUAUGUAUUAAAAUAAAGGUUGUAUGAUAAAAUACCCCAUAAAGUGUGUACUGCAUGUAUACACUACACUUUCAUAAAAUCCUUCAUGCCAAAUUAUGUGUUAGUGAGCAGAACAUAAUUAAUCAAAAAUCUGUAUGUGAAUUGUGCUGUGCAUUUCUAAAUAAUAUUUGUAUAAAUUGUUUUGUAAAAGUUGUCUUUUUUGUCUAGUUUUAUAAAUGCAUUAAUUUUUAGAUAAUUCUAGCUCCAUAUACAGUAACAGUACAGUAAUGAUUUUGGUACCCUAUUGUUAAUUAUAAGCGGGGCUGUAUGUCAGGAUUAGGAAUUGUUUUUCUUUAUAAGUACUUUUUGUCACAGUCCUGCCUGGUGUUUCCCCUGUCUUAGUCUCUUAUUUUGAAGUCUGUAGUUCUGUGUAAUUCUUUUGUUUAUU